CUGGGCAGAUGAGCCACUUGCCGUGCCUGCCCCCCAGCCUGGCCCCCGAGGAGAUGCAGUCCCCCAGAGUGGCAGGGAGGAAGCGAGGGCGGCCCCCGCUCCAGCCAGCGCCCAUCAAAAUGGCCGUUCACAACCUCUACGCACCACCAGCCGGUGCUUUGCCAGUCGUGAAGAUCCCAAAGAAGAGAGGGAGAAAACCCGGGUACAAGCUGAAGUCUCGUGUCCUGAUGACUCCCUUAGCGAUAUCUCCGCCAAGAAGCACACCAGAGCCAGAUAUUAGUUCAAUCCCCCAGGAUGCAGCUACAAUACCCAACUCGGCCACCCCACAGGCUCUCACAGUCUGCAUUUACGUCAACAAACAAGCAAACCUGGGGCCGUACCUCGACAGAAAAAAGGUGCAGCAGCUCCCAGAGCACUUUGGACCCGAGAGACCGUCUGCAGCCCUGCAGCAGGCUGUUCAGGCCUGCAUCGACUGCGCGCUCCAGCAAAAGGCUGUCUUCUCGCUCAUCAAACAGGGCUAUGGAGGAGAGAUGGUGUCAGUUUCAGCUUCUUUUGAGGGGAAGCAGCAUCUCCUGAGCCUGCUGGUAGUGAAUAGCAUCGGGUACGUCCUGCGCUUCCUGAAGAAGCUCUGUCGCAGCCUUUUGUGUGACAAUCUCUUCAGCAACCAGCCUUUCCAGCAGUACAACGCCGUGUCGGAAAGCCCAGAGGUGUAUGAAAACAGACGAAUGGAGGCAGAAACAGUCAUACCUGAGGACUACCUGGUUGAUCCUGCGAACAUGAAGCGGUACAGUGUGGAUCCUGCCGAUUCUGCCUUCAGUUGCAUGGGGUCCAUGUAUGCCAUGCGGCAGAGUGCUGCAGAUGGACGCCCUGCUGGAGGCUCCUCUUCCUCCUGUAGCCAUCGUCCUGCCCAGAUAUCUUCAGGAGGGUCCUCGUCUACUGGCCUGCAACAUCAGACCUCCAGCCCAACGAGGAAUGGGACCUAUCUCGAAGGAAACAGAAGUGCCUCAAGUCCUUCACCAGAACAACAAGACACAGCUCGGCCAUCAAGCAAGAAUCCUUUGACUUGGACGGUGGAUGACGUGGUUUGGUUUGUGAAGGAUGCAGACCCACACGCUUUAGGUCCCCACGUGGAGCUCUUCAGAAAACACGAGAUUGACGGCAAUGCUUUGUUGCUGCUGAAAAGUGACAUGAUCAUGAAAUACCUGGGGCUGAAACUGGGACCUGCGCUGAAACUGUGUUACCACAUUGAUAAGCUGAAGCAAGCCAAGUUCUAACAAUUUCUUGAACAACAACAGAACCUGACCUAAAUCUAGAUGGGAAACUAAAGGUAACAUGUUGCCUUACAGAAAUGCAUUCAGUUGCAGAUUGGUUUUUUUUCUCUUUUUUUAACAAAGACUUUGUCUUUUUUAAUGUUUGUGCAUUGUCACCUUUUUUUAAUCCAAUGGGGUCCUUUGGGCUGCUUUGUGUUAAUAGUUUGCCAAAAAGUAUAUAAUUACAAUAAUUAUUUUGUACCAUUAGUAUUAUUAUGAGUAUAGUAAGUCCUAUUUUUGUAAUCAGAAGUGGAAAUCAAAAACAAUCACAGCUAUGGCAUUCACUGAGGACUGCUGGAAGACUAACCAAGAGUCCCUCACUUGCCACGGGUCUGCCUCAGAGGAGUAACUGCUGACCUGCAUUGGCUGGGCUCCAGCUCCACCACUGAUGCUAAAGGGCUAGAAAAGCAUGGCAUUCGGUCUCCUAUUGCCUGGUAGGAACUGCCCCAUGUCUUGCACUAUCUGGAAAACUUGAAUUCUUCACUUAAAAUGAAAAAAGGGGUGGGGGGGAAGAAAAAAGAAAGUAAAAAAAAAAAAAUGGGGGAAAAAGGGUUUUUUUGCAGCUAAAGUACUUUUUUCCACUAGAGGGAGCAGCCCUAAUAGACUUGAGACUGGAGCUCUGAUGCCAUGGUGCUUUCUGUCUGAUUAGCUUUGACCAUCAUGACUUUCCUAUUGAGCACAUCUAUAAAUACCGCCUAGGAAUUGCAGGCUCCCAGCAGGAUAAGCCCGUCACCGUUUACAGAUAAUUAAUUCAAGAAAAGCCCAAAUGUGGAGAGUGUUUCUGACAGGAUGUUUCCCGUUAUGCCGAAGAGGGGGUGGAUGGCUCCCACGGUGUCUGGCGUGCUCAGCUGUCAGCUCCCUUCCCUGAGCCAUUUGUGUCUGGCGUACAGCUUGUGGCACUCUAAGAAAAAGCAGAAUUUCUGGUUUUGUUUCUGUUUGCCUUUUUAAAAAGUGAGGGAGCCGGGUGGGAGCGUUCCCCACGAGGAGCUGGCAAUGCAGGGCACAUCUCUGCACUUCGCAGCAAUGGUCAGGUCUAGGGUGGACGCUGCGGAGUCGGUGCCUCAUUGUGCCACAGCUUUCAGCACAUAUGCAGAUGUGCUGGGUUUUCUGUCCCAAGUGGAUUAAAAAUAAUGCCCUUCCCUCUCUUACACACAUGCAAAAGGUGCUCAUUGGUAUUCCACAUAGCCAGGUGGGAGAACA